CCCUUCACCGAAUGCUAUAAAGUCCUCUGCAUUUGCUCUCACGAAAAACCCUCUGAUUUUGGAGAGAGAGAGAGAGAGGCAAUGGUAUCGCUGAAGCUUCAGAAGCGGCUGGCAGCCAGCGUCCUCAAGUGCGGCGAGCCGUGCUGGAUCUCUCCCGAUGAGGUCAACAAAAUCUCCUUGGCCAACUCUCAGAGAGAGAGGGAGAGAGAGAGAGGGCCGAUGGUGUCGCAGCGGUUGCUGAAGCUUCAGAAGCGGCUGACGGCAACUGUCCUCAAGUGUGGGAGUGGGAAGGUCUGGCUCGAUCCCAAUGAUGCCAACGAAAUAUCCAUGGCAACUCCAGAUUCAGGACCUGCAGCCGCAGUUGCUCCUGCACCCCAAGCUUCUGGGGGAGCUAAUAAAGCGAAGAAGUAACUGUUGAGACACCAUGAUGAACAGCUGAUAGAGAUACAAUUUUAUGCUAUUGACCAUCAUUGUUUGCUUUCAGAGCUGUUAUGUUCAACUCUUUCGUGGCCAGAAUCUCAAAACUCUAUAAGUUCCAGCUUUUGGAUCUUGUUUAGUAGCGGGCCAAUCAUUGAACCAAGUAUGUUUUGCUUGGAGUCUUAGGACGAGCCUGUUUUUUGGACAAUUAGAAAAAACUCCACUUUUUGGAUUCGUUGUUUUCUAGCCACGUCUGAGAAUGUUAAUUCUAGUCUUUCUA